GCACAAUUUCCCCCACGUCGUCGCGGACUUUUGACGUUUUAGCGGUAUUUCGUGGCGUAGUUGGUCGGUGAAUAGAGUGUCGAGCAGCAGAAGAGGCUUCUGAUUACCAGAAAACCCGGAAACAUCGUCUCCUCGCCGUCUCUGCAUCGACAAAAGUUUCAGCAUGAGUCAACCGAAGAGAAGUAAGGACAUUACGAAUAAGGAUAUCUCGGAGCUGGAUGUUUCGAAAGAAGCCAAGAGCAUCAUCGAUAAAAUUCUUGGUGAUGUCAGCAAGACUUCGGCCACCAAACAGAUCAUCAUUGGCACCACGUCAGGAUGGGCGACUGGCUUUUUGGCGAUGAAAGUCGGCAAAAUCGUGGCAUUCUCGGUGGGUGGUGGCAUAAUAAUGCUCCAAAUAGCGGCCAAUCAAGGUUACAUCAGAGUCAACUGGGACAAAAUCCAGAAGAAAGCUGAGAGAAUAACGGACAAAGUCGAAGAAAAAAUCACUGGAGAAGGGCCCAACUUAAUGAAUAAGGUCGAUAGGUUCGUCGACAAGAAGUUGGACAAGGCCGAGCAAUUGAUGAAGAACGGCCAGGCAAAAACUCGUCGUUGGUAUCACUCGCUCACUGGUGAUAAUGCCUUCAGACCUCGUGAAAUUCACUUCUUCCUGGCGUCCUUCGCAGUGGGCGUUGCGAUUGGCUGUGCAUCUGCCAACUAGGUAAUGGAUUGCUGCACCUCGAGUGUCAGCAAGCAACCCAGCGUUUCCGAUACACCAGUGGAUACAACGUCAGUGAUCAUUAAACGAGAUGAGUACAUCGGUGAGAUGAUUGAGGAGCUGAAGAUCAAGAUACUGGAGAUGAGACAGUUGCUCACUGACUACGUUGAGUCACUGGCAUUCUAAGAAGUCGACAGAACGAGACGCUGGACUUGCUGACCCCUCAUGGAGAAGUGAACGAGUUCAGUAGCGAAGGGAAAAAGUGGAUGAGGUCGAUUUAAUGAAAAACAAAAUAUUUGUUUUUCCGGAAUAUCUCGAAAUCUGAGGGAGAUAGACGGAUUUUGGUCUAGGCAUCUUUUGUAGAGCUGAUUGUGCUCGAUGAAAAAGGUCCUGAGGACGAUUGAGCUAUCUACCUUGGAUUUCGAGUUAUUCAGGAAAAUCGCAUGAGGUCAAUGUAAUUUCCACUAAUUACGUUUCGCUCGGAACUACUCGUCAUUUGUGAGGGAAUUGUCAUCCUCGAGAUGCAGCAAUCAUUGCUCUUGGUAUAUACUAUCGUGUUAGAUCACCUAGUGGAGUAAUCCUAUAGCAUUAUCGAAAGUUAUUGUUGAAGCACAUAAACAAGAGACCGGAGAGGUAAUCGUACUUAUUUUAUUUUUUUUAGAGAUGAAACUUAUUCGACAGCUUCAACGUUUUCGGGAGUACAUGAAGAAGUGAGGUUAUGUUUUAUUUAUCACUUCGAUGGGCCGAAAACAUUGUUUAUUUUCCCUAAAGGUUGUUUUUGAGAGUAUGUAGAGAAGUGAGGUUAUGUUUUGUUUGUCGAGAGGACAAAGAAUUGGAACGAACAAUGAAUUGAUUUUUUCCCUUUCAAUUUAAUUAAUAGUCAUUCACUAUAAUCGAAUGUCACUUUCAUUAUUAACAAAAUGAGAUCGUGGAGUGUUUUUCAUUCUCGAUAUAUUGAUGACUGAUCAAUAAACUCAUCUCUAGAGACAACACCAGAAUAUUCUUUGAUAGAUUUUCAUUAGGACUGAUUUGUUUUCUGAGAUUUUUUGUACUAAAGUCACUCGAAUCACUAGUCACACUCCCAAAAACUUCUACCAAGUUGAUAUUUUUGUCUUUCUAGUCGAAAUUUUCGGGAGAAUUUUCACAUUUACAUCAUUGAUAUGUAGAAUAAUUCAGUGUAAAGUAUUAUCUUUAAUCGAAGUGUAUAUCGACGUAGAAUUAACGCCUGUUGAAUAGUACAUUAAUUUGGUUGAAUUACGAUGAAUUGUACGAGAUAUAUGGAGCAAACUGCUGUGAAGUGAUGAGAGAGUGAAGAGGAUAAUCAUUAAAAUGCUUUAUUAAUCUAAAAAA